AGCAAGUGCACGUUAGCUGUUAGCUUUUGGCUAUCGACUCAGCACAGCGAUAUUUUUGUACAUUUAAAUGUCGAAAAUGGCUCCUGUAUGUGAUUGCUGCGUCAAACAUGUAGAUAAGUUGAAACAGCAGGUGUCUGUGAUGCGAAAAGAAAUCAAGAAUCUUCGGCAGAUGCUGGAGUCUGCAAACAGAGCUCAUCGCAAACAUUUGCUUUCUAUUGAGUCUGCUGUGUCCAAGGUUGGUGUCGGGGACUUGAAGAAAAAACAACCUCCAUCUACUUCACCCCAGACAGAUUUAAAGCAUGGAAAAAUUCAAACCUUGCCGAUUGGUUACAUUCAUUCCUGUUUCUCUGAGAAAAAUGGGACGCCCAGGCAGCCCACCGUCUGUGGCUCCUCGAGGGCGGAACUGCGACUGCAGCAUAGUGUCUUCAAUAACCCAGAACAUGCCCUGCUCGGGCUAGAACAAUUUUCUCAUAUCUGGGUUAUUUUUCUCUUCCACAAAAACGGCCACUUGAGUCACAAAGCCAAAGUGAAACCCCCCAGGCUGAACGGCGAGAGGGUCGGCUUGUACUCGACUCGCAGUCCACACCGGCCCAACGCUUUGGGCCUGACUCUUGCAAAGCUGGACAAAAUUGUUGGUGAUACAAUUCUUCUAUCAGACAUUGACAUGAUUGCAGGCACCCCUGUGCUGGAUAUUAAACCCUACAUCCCUGACUACGACUCCCCUUGCAAUAGGAAGACCAUAGACCUGGAACCUUGCCAGUCAAACACAGAUCCCGCCCCCGUCUCGCCUCAUGAACCAAUAGAAGCACUGUUGAAGGAAAUCGAAGACGGUCAAUUUGAUGAUAGUCCAAAUCUUGUGGACCCUUUCGCCAUGCUAGAAGAAGCGAAGGCCUACUUGAGCAAUCGGGGCCUCACUCAGGUAAAUUAUGACUGCAAGCGCAGCUCUGUAGAUCAUCGGGGGACUGAGCAGGAUCAGCGGCCGUGUUAUACAGAGGAGGCUUCCAGCACCAUCGCUGGCUGGAUCAGGGAGCCGCCAGUCACCAGCCUGGAGGUGCGCUUCACUCCUCACGCACAGAGAGAGUUGGCAGAAUUCCUCCCCUCCAUCCAAUCAGAUCCCUCUGAGAGCGAUCGUCCGAGGUUCAAGUUUCUGCGGAGUUCAGACGAGGCUACCGCCGCCAUCCGAGGGGUGCUGUCUGCAGACCCGAGGUCGGUCUACAGGAGAACUCGAUGCAAAGACAAGCUUUUUUUCUUCACCCUGGACACUGCUGACAUAACCUGCUGGUUUGGACCAGGCUUCGCAGAGGUGCUGCGGGUUCAACCUGUUCAGGGCCCCGUUGGCUCCAUGUAGAAUGAUCUCCUUAUGGCUGCCAUUUUGCAUUCUUGACUGUACAAGAAAAAAACUUUGUAUAUAGGAGAAGUUAUGGAAGAAAUUCUGGUACUGUUUUGUGUGGUGGAACCCAUGUCAGCUGGCUCGGCGUCAGCCAAUUGCUGUUAAAUAAAAGUUCUAAACUGUU